AUCUAGUGCCGCCGGCAAACCUCGGCAUACCCUUCAUGCCCAGCAACUUCAAAUUUCUUCAAUGGACGAAAAAUGCUCUUUAGGCGAAAAACAAUUCGAUGUCUGUAAUCAGAAGAUUUCUGGAGGUUUUUGAACUUCUUUCUGCAAUCAUGAACCAAUGCAAUGGUAGACUAAAAUGGAGGGAGAAAGUACAUAGUGGUUCAGCCUAAGGACAUCCUACGCCAUUCUUUUCCCCAGUUUGAGUCACCAUGACAUUCGCCGUUGGAGACCUCGUACUGCUCGCGCUGCUUGCUUGCUUCACCUCGUCCAGACUUUUUUUUAGUCGGAAGUAUCCUCAUUCUCUUCCACCAGGGCCGAAAGGUUGGCCUCUUAUUGGAAAUGCUUUCGACAUGCCCAAAACGCACUCAUGGAGGACAUUCGCACAAUGGGGAAAGAAAUGGGGCCCAAUAAUGUCGGUCAAGGUGUUGGGGACACCAUUCAUAAUCAUCAGCAAUCCUGACAUCGCCGAUGAGAUGCUCGGGAAAACAGGCUCACUCUAUGCUGAUCGACCCACAGUGCAAAUGGCUUUAUUAACGGGCUGGGAUCGAGCGCUGAGCGGGGCACGAUACAACGCCCGUUUCCGAGAGUACCGCAAACUUAUUGGGAAGGUCAUUGGAACGAAAGGAAGCAUGGCGAAAUUCUACCCCGUGGAAGACUUCCAAGCUAACAUGCUGCUGAAGCGGAUUUUCCAGAAUCCAGAAGACCCUGCUGCUGCUAUCAGGAAAACGGCUGGUGCAAUGGUCCUGCAUCUUACUUACGGUUACAAGAUAUCUGAGGACCGACCUGAUCAUUUCAUUACAAAGGCCGAAUUCGCCAUGGAACAGUUCUCUGACAUUCACCGCACCGGGGCCUAUCUUGUCGAAUUUUUUCCAAUAUUGAAAUACAUCCCUGCUUGGUUCCCAUUCACAGAAUUCAAACGGAAGGCAGCUGAAUGCAUCGGUCCUUGUAACGAAAUGGCUGAUGUGCCUUUCGCCUAUGUUGAAGAGCAAUUGGGUAAAGGGGAGGAGAAUAAUUCUUUUGCUGCCGAUCUUCUCAAGGACAAAGGUAUCUCUUCGGAGAAGCUUACCGAUUUGAAAUGGUCAGCGGCUUCGUUUUACGCAGCUGGAAGCGACACUACCGUAUCGGUUGUAUAUAGCUAUCUGAUGGCAGCCAUUCUCUAUCCUCGAGUACAACGCAUGGCGCAGGCAGAAGUCGAUUCAGUUGUCGGCAAAGACCGACUGCCUUCUUUCCAAGACAGAGAUUCUCUGCCUUACAUUGAGGCCCUCGUCAAGGAGCUGUACCGAUGGCUUCCUAUCGUACCGUUAGCUGUUCCUCAUAGGGCGAUGAAAGACAAUGUGUUCCAGGGCUAUUAUAUUCCAAAGGACUCUUUGGUUUUUGUCAAUGUCUGGCACUUCCUCCACGAUCCCGCAGUGUACAAAGAUCCUUCCUCCUUUAACCCCGAGAGAUUCUUAGGUCCAGAUGCCGAACCAGAUCCUAUUGACAGAGGAUUGUUUGGUUACGGACGUCGUGUCUGCCCUGGAGCCCAUCUGGCCGACGUUAGUGUUUGGAUCAACAUAGUGAAAGCUGUAGCCGGCAUCGAAGUCAGUCCAGCCGUCGACGAGAAAGGACAAGCCAAGAUGCCCGUGCCCGAGACCACGGACGGAAUCAUAGUUCGCCCCAUACCCUUUGAAUGUCUUGUCAAACCACGCUCGGAGCACUUGCUUCAUGUGCUGGAGGAGGCAUUGAAGGACGGAGAAAAUGUGAACUAAUUGCGGAGAGACUAUAGCCAAUGAUUCCCAUAAGGCGGUUGGGUAUA